CCCCAAAAAAAAAUAUUUUUUUUUUUCACGGAUGGUGAACUUGUCCGUCGAGUUUUUGUCGAACAGUAAUCGUUUCAGUUGUCAGAAAGGAGCCAAAGACCCGUGUUUCCUCGAGGCCAUCAUGCUGAACACAGAGGAAAGUUCCUGGUUAUCGGGAUCCCGGUUGCCCGGCUCCAUCCCUCCGUCCCCGGGGCCUCUGUGGUGCUCCGAUGUCCCUCACCCACUGCUGAAGAUCCCGGGUGGGCGAGGGACGGUCAGGGAUCACUCUGUCGGAGUGCUACUACACAAGGAUGAGAAGUUGACGGUGACGCAGGCCGCUCCGGCCGGUGGACGCGCCUCUUUCCUCCGCUUCCACUACCAGCUGAAUGAGCGCCGCUCGGCCUUCUGGGACACGGCUCUGUCAGGACGCAGCCUCUUCCUGGAGAUCCCUGCUGGGCCGCUGGCGGAGGGCAGCAAAGAAGGGCUAACUGCUCUGCUGGAGUUUGCGGAGGAGAAGAUCAAAGUCAACUAUGUGUUCCUGUGGUUCCAUAAAAACAGAGAGGAUCGAUUGUCCAUCAUCAAGACGUUCCACUACAUGGGCUUUGAGAUGGUGAAGCCGGGCCACCCGAUGGUACCGGCCCGGCCCGAUCUGGCCUUCAUGAUCUACUCUCUGGACAACAGCAGCAGCUCGGACGAGGAGUGACCUUGGGAUUUGGGAUUUUCUCUUUUUUUCUUCUUCUUCUCCUUCUCUGCUCAGCGGUUCCACUCGGCCACAUUGUUUCUCUGUGCUGCCACCAACCAAAAAAACAGCUGUUUGACAUUGAGGAGAAGGUGUUUUACAUUAUAUCAGCACGUCCCUCCUCACAGCCUCGACCUUUUAAAAAGGAAAAGACACUUUGGUUUGUGUGCAAGCUGUGCUUGGUCGAGGGGGGGGAGGGGGGUUGUGGUCAAUAAAAUAUAGAUUGGUAAAAGCCCGAUCUGUCACCCUGAAUCACAUGUCAGCAUUUCUUUUUCACUUCGUCUUCCCGAGGCAUCAUUCCAGCACACGUCAAUCACUCUAGAUCACGGUUUCCUUUUUAGCUCUCAUCUGCCCAAAA